AUGGGAGACGCUGCGAAUCCCGACGACAUAAAUCCUCCUUAUGGCACCAGUUAUUUUAUCGGUGAGGCUGAGGCACGGACGGAGAUGCCAUCUCAAUUAAAGGAGCGCCUCACGACGAAAAAGGAACCUUCAACGAAUUUUAUGGAGAAACAGCGCGAGCGCGACAAACGAGAAAUGAAUGAUAAGAAAAUGCAAAAACUAAAAGAACAUCAUGAGAAAGUGGAUCGUCUGUCAACGCAAAAACGAUUAAAGAAACAAACGGAACAGGCGCUCACUGCUGACGCUGAGGUCACUUGCUCCGAGAAUGAGAACAAAAACCACAGUUCACUCCACUCCUGCAAUGCGGAAAGGGAGAAUGGUUAA